CAUAUGCGCUUAUUUUGAACCGGUUACGGAUGAUAAUGAUACUGCUACUACUACUAAUAAUGCUAAAAUAUAUAAGUAUUUUUAUUGUAGCUUGUGUGAUAAAAUAACAAACAUAGAUCUUAAACCAUGCAUAUCUAUGCCAAUCAGGCCAUAUUCAAUUUUUGAAAACGAGGCUGUGUGUCACUGAAGUACAGUGCUUUUAAUGGAUUGCACUGUUGUUAGGAUUGUUCAUCUGAUGAAAUGUAGUUUCCAAAAACUUUAAGUGGACCAAAACUGCAAACGCCAAGUUUGUAAAAACUGCCGCUAAAACUGUUUUCAUCAGCGUUUAAUUCAAUAUGGCGCCUGACUGUUCAUUAAAAUGAAAUGGAAAAUGAACACAAACCGUAUUUGUGCACACGGGAUCACUGAGAAUGUGAUGGAAAUCACGUGAAUCACAAGGUGGACACUAACUUGGUCAAGCAAACAGCAAUGUCACAGAAAGUAGGACGGAUCGAUGUGUCAUGACCCUCAAUAUAGAACAGAACAAAGGCUUCAAAAUAUGAAAAUGUGUAAUUUCGAUUUCUUCUAGGAUAAUACGAGAAUGACUCAAUGAACCUGUAAAGAUUAGUCUGAUUUUCAAAGAGGAGUAAAAGGUCUUCCAUCCUGUCUAAAGACAGGCAGUUUGCAGGACCCUCCCUUCCCCAGGAUCGAACCUCAAGCCUGGAGGAGAGCGGCAGUGGGUCUGGCCCCUGGCAGACUGCUAGUCUAACUGAGUCCUGGGCAUCUGUUAGCGACAUGGAGCCAGAGCUUGGAAGUCUAGAGACCAGCGAGAUGGUCCUAGUUCAAGAGGACCGCAGCAAGAACCACUUCUCCACCUCUGAGAUUAUCCACCUAGACGCGGAGCUCCAUCAGAGGGUGGAGUCAGACGAGGAGGAGCUUCAGAGCAGCAUGCUGAGCAUGAUUAACAGUGAGCUGGAAGAGAUUGGAGCACUUCCUGCAGAAUCAGAUCUUAGGCCUCCACAGACUAUGGAGCUCCUGAUGUGUGUGGAGGAGCCAGUCGUGGAGGAAUUUGAUGCAGAGUUGGCUUCUGAGCCGGUUUUCACUCACUCUCCCCUUCUGUCUGAGCCUUUAGAUUUCACACUGGCUUCAGUUCCCAUACCUGAAAUCAUCUCCCAGGUUUUAGAUCAUCUCCCAACCCCCACAGUCACUGUCUCAGAGGAUCCUCAUGCCUCUGAAUCAGAGUCUAUUAAUGCACCUAGUGUGUCAGCGUCAUCUUCAAAAGAGGUUGUUUCAAAGGCAGACCCCCUUUCAGCCGCACCCUUUGAACUCCCAGUGCUGCUGGUUGGUGGCGCCGCCCUGGUGGCCGUAGUGGGAAUACUUACAUAUACCCUGACUAGAAAGUAGCAAGACUGUGUAAUAGUAAUGGUUUCGAAUUGUACAAUAAUUCAACAGAUUGUAUUAUUGACUAUGUGAUAUAAAAAUACAGUGUUAUUAAAUAUUCUUAUUUGUCUUAUUUACAUAUACACACAUACAAGUGACGAAACAGUUUGUGGACGAUUCACCUCAAAAAUCAAAAUAAAAAAAUUUAUUGUA